UCAAAACAAACAACGAGUCGGCAGAAAGUGAGCGCAGUUGACAGCUGUCUUAGUUAACCUUGUAGCUUCUCCAGCCUGCUCUGAAAGGCUUGUCAUGGCUCUGAAGAGAAUACAGAAGGAGUUGAAUGAUUUACAGAGGGACCCCCCGGCUUCGUGCUCAGCUGGGCCUGUGGGAGAAGACUUGUUUCACUGGCAAGCCACCAUCACUGGACCAAAUGACAGCCCUUACCACGAAGGAGUGUUUUUUCUUUCUGUCCAUUUUCCCACUGACUACCCCUUUAAACCACCAAAGGUUGCCUUUACAACAAAAAUCUACCACCCAAACAUAAACAGCAAUGGUAGCAUUUGCCUUGACAUUUUGAGGUCACAGUGGUCACCUGCACUUACAAUAUCAAAAGUUUUGUUAUCCAUAUGCUCCUUGCUGUGUGACCCAAAUCCAGAUGAUCCUCUGGUCCCUGACAUUGCACACAUCUACAAAUCAGACAGGCAAAAGUACAACAAACUGGCCAGAGAAUGGACCCAGAGGUAUGCCAUGUAACCAACUGGACCGUACUGUUCAACUGCUUUAUCCUCGCCGUUUGUAGCCGAGGUGUUUGACACACUUAAUGCACUUUCUCUUCUGAAAUUUUACUUGACCCGUUUAUUUUAUUAUUUUGGCAUUACUGGCAUUUUUUUGUUUGUUUUUCCUUUUCAUUUUAACUGAUGUGCAGAG